UUAUUUACCAAGACAAAGUGAGAUUAGCUAUACAGAGAAGGUUCAUCAAAGACGGCUGUAAACGCUCCCAACUAAUGCCAAGAGGGCAUCAUGGAAGCUCAACACCUCCGCCCUCUUUCCUUAAUGUUGACUUUGAUACUUGUAUUUUUCCUCUCUUCUGUUUGCACAGGAAUGGAUAAAGCGAACAUAAAACUGGAGAGCAAAGUUUUUGUGGCCUUCAAAGGCAAAGAUCUCAGUAUUGGAUGUGAGAUUAAGAAACCAGCAAAUGAAACCAAAAGCCAACUGAAGUGCUUCAAUUCCCACAAUAUAGAAAUACACUCAGUAGACAUAACUGCCCAAGGUCUUCAACCAGGUACCGAAACCCGGAAUCUGCACCUGAAGAAACUGAAUGAUUCUGGAAAAUACUACUGCAGAUAUAAACAAUCCCAAGCUUACUGGUUUCUACGUGUGAGAACUGAAGGCUACAAACAUGUGGAGCCAUGGGGCUACAAAGAGUUUAGCAUAGUGGCUGUUGUAACUGGUGGGCUGCUAAUCUUCAGUGUGGUUGGCUCAGUCUAUGUCUUCAGAGGACAUUGGAAAGAGAGAAUAACUGCUUGUGGUGAAGCUGACAGAAAAGAAAAAAGGAAACACACUGAGACGGAGGAAGACAACAUGGAUGUGAUGGCAGCUCAGUCUACUUCCUUCUAUGCUAGUCUAGAGCCUCGGCCCAGAUCCAUUUAUGAUGUGCUGGACCACUCAGCUCCUAGAAUAGAGCCAAAAGACCCAAAAAAACCUAAUUCCAAGAAAACGGGGCUCUCAGAAAAGGUGAAGGAAACUCCAGAUGAAGGCGUGUUUGAGUCUGUUUAUGAAAAUGUUUAAAUAUUUUUUUUUAUCUAGUUAUAAUGUUCAUAUUAGUAAUCAGGAUCUGAUAACUUGACUUUUUGUUGUCAUUACCAUAAAAUGUAGGCAUACAAUAUCCUCAUACAGUAUGUAUUUACACUACUGUACAUUAAACCACUGGAUUAAAUAAACGUUACCGAAUCAUUGUCAGAGUGACAUUAUUUUAAUACUCUAUAGUUAUAGUUGAGGUAUUCUGUACACAUUUGUGAUGUUUAAUGUACUGUUAAAUAAUGUGUUGGAUAAACUGGCUCGCAAUAGGUUUUAAGUCUACAAUGCAAACAUCGAGAUGCUUUUAAAUGAAUGUACUGGUCUAAGAUGUCAAAU